AUGACUCUAGAGCUGAUGAGAGCUUUCACUUACACCAAAUGUCUACGCAACACCCCCUCUGUUUUAAAGUCACGUGCUUGGGGUGUAUUUUUAGUGCGAUUAGAGGCCAAAUUACUCAAUUUGCAUGAAGUUUUUAUCGACUGCUACGCUUCACCCUGGGACGUAGGCCUACCUUCGAAGCCAUUGGGGAAGUGGUCUGUGAAUUUGCGGAUCAGCUCAGCCCGAAACUACAAUCCUGUUGUGACGUUCAAGUAUCAAUUGCUUAGCUCUCUCAUCAUGGCAGCAGCUAAAGGUCGUGGAAAGAAGGCAGCCGGAGACUCUGGAGCUGCAGCUAAAGCAGCGAAAAAGCCAGCAAAGAAGGCAACAGCAAAGAAAGGAAAGAAAACAGGAGGAGUAAAGAAAGCCAAGGCAAAGGCAGCGGCCAAAGGGAAAGGGAAGAAGGCCGCAGCAAAGAAAUGAGCCACUACCUUUAGCCUCUUUUUUUUAUUUUUUGCACUCAACCUUGUUUUCUUUUAUUCUGUACCAUUAUUGUUAGUUUGAUAUUAUGAUUAUACAUUGUAUUAUAUUAUAUUGCACCAAUGAUGGGCCUGUGUAAAAUAUCUCAAAAUCGGAAAAAAAAACAGUUUUGAACGAUGCUGAAGGGAGCAUCAGGUAUGAUUGAUCUCAUAUAUGAAUUUCCAAUUUUUGCAUUGUUUUUUUUUUUUUUUAAAUGUUGCUUUUGAACAGAAAAGUUAUUGAGAAAAUCUUUUUAAUGAAGAAAUGGGAAAUUACAUUGGUCACAUUGUUGAAGUGCUUGUGAUUGAUAUUUAACAGGUCAAUGUCUUCAUGUAUUCAUGGACUGUACUUUUUCACUUUGUCUAGACUAGCUCAAUUGUGUCUUUGUUCUUUCUCUUUCUCUCUCCCCCUCCCUCCCUCUAUGUCCCUCUAUUCUUGGUCUCUUUUCCAUACUCACACUCUCUUGCCUUCGUCCAGCUAAAUCCUACACAUUGUAUUUAUCAUUGCGUUGAGAUAUAUAUUAUAUAUAUACCAGUGGCCAUAUAGUGCCCAGUAUCAUGGAUUUUUACACGUUUUAUUCACCGUACACGUCUGGUCUACAGUUUAUGCUGACUAAGUCAACAUUCAGCUUAAUUAUUGAAUACUAAAUACCCAUUUUGGAUACGGUAACCCCCUCCCCAGUAUUUUUUAAGUUAUCAAAAUUUUAUUAUCCUGAGGAAAGUUGCACAUCUUCAUAUAUUAUAUAUAUAUAUCCAUCCAUCUAUCUAUCAUAUAUUUGAUCUUCAUCUCAUUUUAUUUUUGCUUCUUGUAAGCAUUCGUGUAAUUAACCAUUUUUUGGUUAUAGUCAUUUUGUCCUCAUUUGUUUUAACCUGCCAAUCACUUCAAGGAAACGUGCUUGUUUAGAUGAUGUCAGCCCUCAGAUGCAAUAGUGACAUUCAUUCUUUGGGAAAAUUACCACACUCGAGCAUCGGAGGGUUGAUGUGUCUGCGUGUCUGAAGUUAUGUGUUUAUUUUUUAAAAAAGUAUUUUUCUUGUUGAAAGUUCGUUUUGGAAGGAAAAAAAAAGAGCUAAGUUUCAAUCAUCCUGAGUUUUGUCAGUGGCAAUUGAUAAAAUUUUUAAUGAAGUUUUACAAUUUAAAGCAUGGGAAAAUAUUGUUUUGAAGGUUUAUCUUUUAAUCUUUUAAAAGAGGAGUCGUUGACGAGCGUUAGUAGGUCAGAAUCUUUAGAAUAUAGGCCUUCAUUUUGUUCUAGAUGAUUGUGUUUACCUUUAGAAAGUAGUUUUCAAGAUGUCAGAUGCACUGAUUGAAUCUCAAAGCACGUUUGGAUGGACAUACUUGGUUAAGUGUAUGUAUGUGUGGUGAUCAUGAUCAGUUACUUUUACACAAGGCAAUAUAUUAAUAAAAUAAUUGUCGUUAGUUGAA